UUUUCUCAACGCCACAUCCGGCCGUUUCGCUGGGCAAUUCGACGCCUCCAGCCUUACCAACGUCACAACCACAACCUCUACCACAGUCAAUAGCACCACCACCUCUACCACAAUUAUCAACAACAGCCUGUUCAGUUACACAAUUAGCACAAAGUCCGAUGGCUAAUUUAAUGUCAAUUACAGAGACAUUGCCGCCAGGUAGUCCACGCAAUGGACCCAGCCCACCAGGACCUCCACCACCGCGUACAGCUUCUCGCGGUAGCCAACAUUCACCGAAUAGUUCGGCAGGCUCAUCAUCCGGUCGUCGUUCUUCUGGUUCUCGUCAUGUUUCUAGCACAACUGUUACCAGUUCGGAAGUGCAAUCAAAUCAGCCAAAUGCUCCACAAGUUGGCCCUGGUGGCUCAGUUAAUGUAAGCAGUGGUGGGGGUGCAGGACCAUUGCCACCCGGUGCUAACGGCGGACCAGAUGCCGGUACUGGACCCAGCGGUAGCAAUGGCACAGGACAGUCAGCUCCUGGCAUGAAUUCAACAGCAACAGCUCCAGGCGCUGCUGCACCUACUUCAGCACAAAAUGCCACAUUGAAGUGCACAUUAUGUCAGGAACGUUUAGAGGAUACACACUUUGUGCAGUGCCCCUCGGUUAAUCAUCAUAAAUUCUGCUUUCCCUGCAGUCGGGAGAGUAUUAAGAGACAAAAUGGUCUCGGUAAUGAGGUGUAUUGCCCAAGUGGUGAUCGUUGUCCCUUAGCAAAUUCCACCAUACCAUGGGCAUUUAUGCAAGGUGAAAUCACAACAAUAUUGGGUGAAGAGGUUAAGGUGAAAAAAGAACGUGAGUCUUAAUGUCCAUUUUAUUGUAAGAAGCUACGACGAGCUUUGGAGAAGUUUUAAACAGUUUCAAUACAACAACAAAGCGAUAACAAUACUACUUUAACAACGAGCAUUUUCAAUAUGAAAUGUUUGCAGUUUUAACUAACAUAUCCCAGGAGUCUGCCAACAUAUGGCAACUCGAACAUUUUAUUCAGCUAAAACUGUAAUGUUGCCAGAUUUUCAUAGAUUAUUAUAGAGAUCUACUGGUAUUUGGCAUACCAAAUAAAAAUAAAAUACACACUUUUGGUGUUGGAGGAUUCACAAUUUUUUGUCCAGAAAUGACUCCAACUAAAAUAAAAUUUUUUGUAAAAUGCAGUCAAGUUAAUGUUGCAGGACUUUUUGGACACCAGUGAACUUUUUAACGGAUAAAUAUUUAUAUAUAUUGUACGCAGAACGGAUUGACUGUACUAAGGAUUUUGUAAAUAUGAAAUAUUUUAUAAUUUUUAUAAUAAAAAAAAACUAUUUAUAAAGCAAUCAAAUAAGCUUACAUUUUAAGUCUUUAUAUAUAUAUGUGUACCUACCUAUAUAUAUAUAUAUUUAAAUCUAUGUGUAUACUUACAUAUUACAUGUGUAAUUUGAGGAAUAUGAGUUAGUUUUAAUUAAUAUGUGGACACAUUGUUUUAUUCGUAGGAUGUAGUUUAAAUAUCUGCUGUAAUUGUAGUUGGUUGUUCCUAUGCAACAACAGAUACACCGAUAACUUUAGAAGAGUCUAUAAACGAUCACAUAAAUAUACAAAUGUUUAUUAUUCUAUAUAUGUACAUCAGUAUACAAAAAUCAUACACAUACAUAAUACUACAUACCUAAAAACAAUAACAAACAAAUAAACAUUUAAGAAUUAUUGCGAAAGAUAUACAUACAUAUAUGCAUACAUAUAUGAAAAAUACUAAAUUAGCUAAAGUAGAGUUUGUAGAAUCGAAAAUUCGAGAUAAAGUUUUAAUUUCAUAAGACCACCCAAUAUAUAUACUAUAAUUAUGAAUCAUUAUAACUAUAAGUCGAUGAGAUAAUACAGAUAAAUACAGAUAUAGAUAAAGAUAAAGAUAAAGAUAACAGAAGCAAAGCGGUUUGUUAUAAUUUACAUAUAAGGAAAAAUUAAUAUAUUAACCGUAUUGAACUAUGUAAAUGUUAUUCAAUAAAUUUAUGUAUGUAAAAUUAAUAAUUUAAGUAAACAAACAGAAAACAAACAAAACAAAAGAAAACAAAACAAAACAAAAAUAUUAAACACAAAUUAAUGGAUUAAAAUAUUUAUGUUUAAAUGAAACACUUUUUGUGAUAUAGAUACAAAACCA